CAAACAAAUACCCCAAAUCAAUCCGGCCCCAUUCCCGUAGGAAACAUAAAAGGAACAUGGUAAACCAUUUGCAUAGUCUAGCAUUGGUUUUGGAGUACUAUCCAAGUCAACCUCUUCCAUCUUCUCUCAUUUAUUAACUUGCCGCAAAUUCUCCUCUCUCCAAGAUUGAGCAUUUUAUAUAUCACCAUCAUUCCUUCCUCCCUAUGAGCUCUGGUGGUCCAUAAUCUGCUAUCUAGAAUGGCUGGGUUCAGUGAUCUCCCUUUGGAGCUUGUGGAGUUCAUUCUCUCGUACUGUUCUCAACCCGAGCUGUACGCCCUCUCGAUUAUGUCGAAAUCGUUAUUCAACAUCACCGGGCCAUUCCUCUACAAAAAUGUCGAUCUAUGCAUCCGCUCCAAGGCUCCCCCAGUAGAUCGCUUCAUCAUCAACAUGACUGAUCAAAGAAGACUACUGAAUCGUAUUACAACACUGCGGAUCGGCCAGAGUUCCUUCGAAAGGAUUGCGAUUGACGGAAGGCAACGGCUGGCCCCUUCGACGCCUGAGAAUCAAACGACAGUGCUGAACCUAGCUUGUAAAAUACUGGGAGCCAUGUUCGGUCCUAUUUUAAGCCAACAAAGCAAGAACUUAAUCGACGACAUCUACUCACGUAACUAUGGGGGUUUCGUAACACUAAUCAUAUUGUUGUCAAGAAACUUACGAAGGCUCGAGAUCAUGGAUCAAGGUUGUAACCUUAUACUGCCCCAAUAUCUAUAUUACCACCUCAACACGAUGGAUAUUAGGCAAAGAAUACCCUCACCCUCCAUUCCGGAAAUGUCAUUCAACGUAGAUCAUACGGGAGUCCAGAGCCUGAACAGAGAUUGCCGGUUUGAUUUAGCGUCUGUCUUAACUACUCCAGGGCUUACGACUCUCGAGUUCUAUGUCUACAAUAUUACAAGAUUGUCUGCUUCCGAAAUGCCAUUUACGCGUUUCAGUCCGACAAUAGGUUUGGCCGCACUCAAUAUCACCACUAUCAUUCUUCGCCAUACACGACUCAUCACGGGGAUCCUUACAUGCAUCUUGCCACAUACUAGGGCCCUUCGGACCCUUGUCUGCGAAUACUUCUACGAUUGGGGUAGCCACGACUGGACCAGAAACGUAUCAGAAAAAAGGUGGAUCAAUGUUUCGGCACUGAACGACAAUUUGCAUUUCGUCAAAUCCUCACUACAGAUAUUGGUUGCCAGUGUCGAAUGUUGCGACCUUACAAGACCUUUUUUCCAGCAGCCAGACAUCCUGGCUCAGUCUACGGGCAAGUUAGAUCUUGUUGACUUUGAGAAAUUACAUACGCUCGAGUUACCCUUUCCAUUCAUUACUGGCGACUUCCAAUUUUCUCAUCGAAAUGCUUUCGAGUCAAAAUUGCCACCGAAUCUACGGCAUCUCUUGCUUCGCCCAGACAUGUCUCGUGCCCAAUUCACCUACCCUGUGGAUACAACACUCUUUUUGCUGGAAACUCACUUAACGGCUUGGACGAAGCAUGCAGAAGCUUCUGUCGUUGCGAAUACAGAUACCACCUACAUGUUCAGAGUCACGUUAUCUCUAGUGGCUAAUACUCCCGGUUUGGAAUCAGUCACUAUAUGGCAGCCAGCACAGAGAUCAGUUGGCUGGUCUCAGGCCCAACUUGAAGAUCUUACCACCCUUUGCAAAGACAAUAGAAUCGCAUGUGUCGUUGCUUAUCCGCAACUCAUCAGAACCUUAAAGGCCGAGAACUGGAAUCUGGUUAAGGAAUGUGUUCUCGUCGAUCCAAACCGAUCCAUUGGGAAUCUCACUGAAAAGAGACUGCGCGGCCGCCGUGAGAAUGGGAUUCCGUUGGGGCUUGGUGCACAGUAUCAUCUUCACGCGAUUCGACAAGGUGCUGUGGAUGCAUGGAGCGAUUACCCAUAAGCCAAUCAAGGUAAAGACCAACCGGGCAUGAGUUCCGAAACCGGAUGAAAAGGCGGCGGGGCAACAGAAGUUUACACAGGGACGAUAUCGUUAUGAUCGUACACAAUUAUCGUUCUCCGCGCUCCAUUCGAGCGCUUUGGCCCCCACGAUCUUUUGGGCUCACCGGGCCAGCCAUGUCUCGUUCGUCCCGCAACCAAAGUCGUUUGCAAAAUCCAUGGCGCUUGAGGUUUAAUAUGUUACCCAAUACGCCAAGGUCCAUUGCUACCUUCAGCUCGCUCAAUAUUGCGAUCAUCUCAGUGCUGUAGCACUCCGAGGGGCUCGGUGAUCCCGAAUAC